AGGAGGUAAAGGAGCUGGGGCAGAGAAUUCUAUGUCUUCCCUCCUGUCCCAAUGGCAGAGAUAGAAGCAGGGUUCAGUGUGUUCCCGAACGGUGUCCCUUGGCUCUAUGCGGUGUUUGUUAUGCUCUUCGCAUUUUUCCUUUUCGUCAUGCCUUUUUUGCUUGAGAUAGACCAACACAUCAAGAAAUUCUUGCUCAGGUGCCGAUGUUCUCUACGCAAUGCUUCCAACAAAGAUAAAGGCAAUAAUGAGUUGAAGAUAGACCAUCUGGGAAGGCCAAGAUGCCUUCUCCAGGCCCCUGGGAGAGAAGCUCCCAGAAGAGAGGCAGCUGGAGUGAGAGAAGACAGCUCAGUUCUGGUGGAGAUGGUAGGAGAAAGGACCCAGGAAGUCUGCCCAGUGACAUCAGUUUGAGGGUCAUCCAUGUGAAACAUCUGUUUGACGUCUGUGAGGUGUCCUGACGUCCUGUCUCAGGAAGAUGCCUCUAACAUCCUCAUUAUUUGUACUAAAAUAAAAACGAUAAUAAAGAUUUUGGGCAUCUCAAAAAGUA